CAUUUCUAUAUCUUCCUGGUCCUGCUUGGAUUUCAAUUGAGAAUUGCUUUCAGAAUAAUUUAAUUUUAUAGACGGGACCGGAAUUCCUAUUGAAGAGACAACUCCUGGAGAGGGAGAAGGAGACAUCCAGAACCAAAUUGGAGAGUCAAUGGAGGAACUUCAGGUUGACACUAAUUCAGAAGACACACUUAGAGGUGAAGUUAGAGAUUUACUAGGAGACGGACUAUCCCCAGAGCAUUAUGAGGAACUAGAGUCUGUUUUGUACUCUAUUUCUUCAGGAAAGGUGGUCUUACAGAACAAGAAUAGGUACCAAGCUCAGUCUGCUGCAAUUAACUCUUACGAUGAUCAAGUUCCUCUAAUUUUGGAAUACCUCAACCGUAGAGAAAGGUUCAGAAAUGCCAAGAAUAAGGUAUACGCUUAUCGAGUGAAUCAGAUCAAUGAAGAGACUGGCCAAAUGGAUUUAUUUGAAGGCUUUGAAGAUGAUGGAGUCGAAGGAGCAGGAGAAAAAUUAUUACAUCUUCUCCAGAAAAUGGGUGUUGAGAAUAUUUUUAUCGUUGUAUGAGUCUGGCACUUCAGAAUGCAAGGACAAUUAGGAACAGAAGCCUAUAAGCUGAUUAUUGAUAGAGCAAAGGAUUUAUUAACUAAUUUACAUAUGAAAGUUAUGGAAUCUGGACUUGAAAUGGAAAUGAAUAAAAAUCAUGAAUUAAUGCUUUAUGAUGAGAAAGCUAUUGAUAAAAGAAGAGGUAAAUAAAAUCAAUCCUACAAUUUAUCCAACUGGGGUUAUUCCAGAUUCAAGUCAGAAAUCAUUGCAUCAUCCAAACUCAAAGCAAGAUGAUCUAAGGCCUAAUAAUUUUAUGUAUGAAGUCUCUCAAAAGAAGAAAAGAGAAGAGGAGGAUGAGCCAUUAGAAAUUGAUUUAACAGAAGAUGAGUAUAACUAUGCUGUAAGGAUGACUAAACAUUCCAUCCAAAAAGUGACGAAAUCACACAUCACAGAGCUAAGGUCCAUACUCAAGCCCCAUCCUAAUAUUGAGAAGAUUUUAAAAAUGGUUUGAAUAAUCCUAAAAGGAAAUAACAUUAAUGCAGGGUCUAAUAGCUAUGUCUCUUCUCUCCGUUCUCCAACCUGGAGGCAGGUUCAAGAAAUUAUUAACGAAAAGACUUUCUUGAUCCAAUUAAGACUUGUAGAUCCUGUGAAGGUAAAGCAAUCGAGUAUUAAGAAAGUAUUAAAAAUCCUAAAGGCAAAUCCGAGCUUAGUACCUGAUCAGAGACAAGAGAUCUCCAACAUUCUUUUAAUGUGGAUAAUAAACCUUAUAAAAUGGAAUGCAGGGAACAAUAGAUUUAUAUUUGAUGAUUCCACCCUUGCUGGGGCUAGAAUCAUGAACCAAGAGUUAAUCCCUCAAAAAGAUGUUGAAGAUGAACAAGAAGACCCCUUUAAGAGAGUGAAUGCAUAUGGACUCAUGAAGAAGAGAGAAGAUGAUAAAACUAAUAUUGACCAAGAAGAUGACCAAUCUCAUGAAGAAAAGGAUUACUUUAACAAAAGUUUAGCUGAAGUAUCAGACAGAAGGUAUCAAGGCUCUAAGCACCAAAGUUAUUUAGAUACCAAGAAGUCAAAGAAAAAUAAAAAGAAAUAGACAUAAUAAAAACAAAGGGGCUAUUAUCUCGAAGAAUAGAGGGAAGUUUGUAGAGUCAAAACAAAUGGUUUUUACUGAUCGCCAAAUGCUGGUCCCUUCAACAAAGUCUAACGAAAUUAUUCAAGCUGCUGGAGGUCAUGAGAUGGCCAGAAAUUACUCUCCUCAUAUGAGCAUGCAGCCAGUUUUGCAAAAUGAAAACCAAGAGCCGAGAAAUAUGACUGAUGAAACAGCUAAUAAACUGACCGAAGAUGGGCCUUUAAAUAUCAAACAGCUUGAGCUUUUUGAAGAAGAUGAUAUAAAGAAAGUUCUUGAGCAUAUGGAUGAAGACAAGAAAGAACUCCUUGAAAAACUGUCUCAAAGCGAUGAAGAUAUUCUCCAAUAUUUGAACAGCACAAUGCUAGAAAAUGAGCCUACAGAAGUUCUAAUAAAAUGAGCAGAAAUCCUAAGAGAAAGAAGACAAAAUCUAUACCCAGACCAAGAAAACAUCGAAAACUAAUAUUAACUACUAUCAGAAGCCUUCAAUAUUCC